UUCGUCACCUUCCUCGAAAGAGAGGACGCCGCCGCCGCAAUGGACAACAUGGACGGAGCCGAGCUUUACGGCCGUGUACUCACCGUUAAUUAUGCGCUGCCGGAGAAAAUUAAGGGUGGAGAAGUCGGCUGGGCAGCACAACCCAUUUGGGCGGAUGCUGACACGUGGUUCGAAAGGCAGCAGCUAGAACAGGAGAUUCAGAGGCUUCAGUCGGAGCAGAAAGCAGCAAUGCUCGAAGCUGAAGAAUUGCACAGGAAGAAACUUGCUGAGGAGCGAGAUGGUGAAAAAGAUGAAGAAGCUGAUUCUGCUAAGGGUGAUCCAAUGGCUAUUAAGAAGGAUAUCAAGAGAGCUCAGCUGAAGAAGAACCCAUUGAAGAAUAUCAACGUGAUGCCGUAUGCUAAGGCUGCCAAGAGGAUGGCUCUAUUGGCUGAGGCGCAGAGGGUCAAGGCUAAGCAGGAGAAGCCAGGAGAAGCUCGACAAGAAGAGGAAGCUGAUCACUAA